GAACGCUUGACUGCUUGAGCUAGGCUAGCGAUCAGUGCCGGCAACUACUAAUAUCCUUGCCAGGGUGGAAUACCCAAUAGCUUUGUCGCUGAAGCCACCGAGUUCUCCGCCGCAAGGAAGUCGACUUUUGGAUCAGGACGACCUUGUGGAACGAACAUCCCGGCUAGACGAUGUCCAGGAAGGAAGGAGUAAGGACAGACCCUACGCCGUGAAAAAGCAUUCAGGCUACCGUCUGCUCUCAGCACAACUUCUGUCUCUAGUACUACCACUAUCGUUUUCACCCCGAAGUCUACUACCAUUACCCGAUCGAGCUCGAGCUUUUUAGAAUCGUCUAUAGGACCGCUUCUUCCCAUACUACUCCGUGUCAAACAACCGUUCUGAAAAUGCCUGUCCUGUCCAGAGCCCAACUGAACACCGUUUUGUCCAUCCUGGCACAGAGGUUAGACACUCUGGGGAUCGAUUACGCAAUAAUGGGAGGUGCAGCUGUUUGCCUCAUUGCGAACGAUCCGACAAGGAUGACAGAAGAUGUCGAUCUUGUUGUCCAUGUCGACCAUCGCAGGAUUACGGCGGAUCUAUUGACCUCCCUGCUCAUCCGAUCCUACCCUGAUGAUUUCGCUCCGAUCACCCAGUACGGCCAUACCAUACCGGGCUACAAAUUGAAACUACUUGGAGGGGCAUCUCGACUUGUGGAACUAGAAGUGUUUGAUUACCAGAGCUGGCCUCAAAGGCCACAGUACGAUAUUCCGGCCGCAACUCGUACGACGGUAGCAGUGAGCGGUCAGCAGGUCAAGACUUUCAGUGCCGAAUGGAUCUUCCGAGAGAAGGUCUUGUCGCAGUAUCAGCGACAGGGAAGUCGCAAGGAGGAAACCGAUAUUCGAGAUCUGUUUAGCAUGGUUCCAUUCCUCUCUCCAGGAAAGGUGGAACUCGACUUUAACCAUGACCAGAGUUUGAAGGAUGCGCUUCGCUACCUUCUUCAGAAGAGACCCGAUUUGGAGGACGAGAUAGAGGGGGUGGUGAAGUGCACCGCAGUCCUGGGUAGCUAGUAUGUGUAUGUCUCCCUGUUCCAUACUAUGCAAAUGACGUCGACUAACAUGGCCCAUGUAAACAGAACUAAGACAGCGGCGGCGGGCGAGGAUUGGUCG